AUUUAAUAUUCGGAUUUGGCAAAUAUCUUAAAUUGAAUUAUAUUUUUAGUUACUGUAGAUUAUUAUUUUGAAAAGCCAUGAGUUAUAUUGCAAGAACCAGAACGCCCUUACUGCGUGCGAUUUGCAAUAUUAGAAUGUAUUCCGGGGAGCCAGGAUCUGGAGCUGGAAAGGGUGGCGGCGGUGGUGGUGCCAUUCGUGAAGCUGGUGGUGCUUUUGGCAAGAUGGAAGCAGCCAGAGAAGAUGAAUUCUUCUACAAAAAGCAAAAGGAACAACUGGCCAACAUUAAAGGUCAUUUAGACAAGGAAAUUUCUUUCCAUCAAGAGCAGAUCAAACGUCAUGAAGAUGCUAUCAGACGUCACAAGGAACAAAUGGCUGAAAUUAAUAACAAAUAGUUUUUUUACUCAAUUUUUGAUUGAAGCUCCAAAUAGUCCUCUAGAUUACCUACAUUGUGUUACUUUAAAAAACGAAUAUUAAAAUAUAAGAUGUGAACUAUAACUUUAAGAUGUCAAUUUUUGCUUUUAUUUUAUUUAGGUCUUAGACAUCAAAUAUAUUUUACAGGCAUUAUAA